AAGACAGCUCUACAUAUCACUCUACAGACAACUUGCGAUCAAGAGAGAAGAAAACAUGUAUUACAGCAACAUUGGAACUAUUAUGCAGGAAGUAUGUUGCUGUGGGUGAGAAGUGAUACAGAGAAGACAAGAGGAACUUGCCAAAUAUGGAGGUGUAUUUGUGCUUUAAAAGGCAGCUCUGCACACCAAGAAAGUCACUGUUUCCAGCAGAGCCACAGGAAACUGCUUCAGAAACACUUGUCUUCUCCAGCCUCUCUCUCCUCGAGUCUCCAAUCAAAAUGAGCAAGAUCAUUGUUUUUAGCAAAGAGGCCUUCGAGGGCAGAACAGCUGAAUUCAAGAACAAUGUCCGCAACCUAGCAGAAAAGGGUUUCAACGACGUCAUCUGCUCCAUAAAAGUCAUCGGUGCACCAUGGGUAGCGUAUUAUGACGAGAAUUUUGCUGGAAAGCAGCGAGUGUUUGAGGAAGGAGAGUAUGCCACCCUUGAGGACAAAGGCCAGUUUUCUUCCCUCAAGAUGGUCACAGAUGACCUGGACAACCCUGAAAUCCAGCUGUUCGAGCACCCGAACUAUCGAGGAAGAAGCGUGACCCUACGCGAAGAAACCAAUCUUCACGAUAUUGCUUUUAGUGACAUCGUUUCUUCCCACAAAGUGAAAGGUGGUGUCUGGGUGCUGUACGAGCACGUCAAUCGUCAGGGUUCCCAGCUUAUUACUUUCCCUGGCGAUGAAGUUCCCAGCUAUUUGCCACUCUCCUUCAACAAUGUGGCCAGCCAUGUGCGCCCCUUGCUGCCGAAGCCAUAGACAGCAUCAUUCAACGUAUGCUUUCUGCAGCUGAAUAUGAACUGGAAUCCUUUUGGAAAGAACGAGGCAGGUGGUGGGGAAUGACUGAUCUUGACCAGAGACUUGAUUUGACUCUUGAUGUGACAGCAAUUAGUCUGAAGAAACUUCAUGCAAUCAGACUCAACCUUAUCAUUUGAGUAUAUCUGUGUAAAGACAUACUGUACAUGUUAACUUGGCAAAUGUUAUAUAACAAGGGUUUUAUUAGAAAGAGUUUUUAGCUUGUCAUCUGUAGCGAUCAGUAUCAGUAAACAUAUGCAAUAAAAUACAGUUUUGGAAUUGUUAUAGAUCUACUACAGAUUCAAAUGUAUUUGAAUGUAUUUCCCCUGUUUGAUGAGAGUGAAAUAUUGAAAAGGAUUUUGGAUUUAUAAUAUGCUGAGAAAGAGACAAUGAAUGCUGUUUUACUCUGUCAACUCAGAAAUAAAGACUCUUAAAUAUUAAAA